AAUCUCUUUCAAAAAGUUUUUGUUUUGUUGUUUUGAACAAAAAAAUAAGAUUUAAAUAGAGAGAACAUAUGGCAAUUCUUAGAAAAUAAAUACAAAAAUUUUAAAAAGGAAAGAAAUCUGAAAUUUCUGUUCUAUUUCUGGGUCUAUUCCCUCCCUCUUCAGUAAACUUCCAAGUUCCAACCUUUUGUUUACCUCCUUCCUCUUCAACUUCAAAACCCUAAUUUUCUGCCUCUUUUUUUUUUUUUUUUUUCGUCUCUAUCUCUCUUAUACUUUGCCUUCGUUUCAACCAUUGGGUGCAGUAAAAAAUUUUGUUUGGUUGCUCAGAAACUUUUUUGUUUUUUUAUACUUCCUAGGGCUUAAUUCCAAAUUCUGUUUCAAUUGAAACCCUUUUUCUGGAAUUAUAUACCAACCCAAAUGAUCUAACAUUUACAAGCUUUUGCUUUGAACAUCUGGGUAUCUGCAUUGGUUGAAGACCAUCUCAAAAAUGUCCGAUGAUAUGCUCAUCCAUUUCUCAUCAAACUCCUCAAACCAGUCCGACCAGUCUCUGCCCACCAAGAUUGCCAAGCUCGAAGCUCGUAUGGUCGGCAAAGCCUCCUCUGCCGCUUCCUCCACUGUCUCCACUGCCGCCAUAGCCGCCGUUCCUCAGCAGCAGCACCAACAGCAGGCAGCUUGGCCUGCCGUCUCUUCUGCUGUGAAAUUUGUUUCAGACGACUUGGCUGAGCCGUCCACAUCCAGUGACUCCGAUGAUGAUAAUGGAGAGGAGUUUCUGAUUCAGGCCAACACUCAGAAGCGUCAGAAGCUUCAAGAAGAUGGUAGUGCAACUGUCUUUGACCAUGUUGAGGCUGUGGCUGAUGGAAGACAAAUGAUUGUGGAAACUGUGGAAACUAAGGUAAAUGUUGAUGUAAAUAGGAAAAAACAUGGUCGUGGUAGGGGACAUUCUGGUUCAGGUCGGGGGCGUGGUUCAAGAGUUAAUGAUCAAUCAAGAUCGCAAAUUUGUCCACCAACUAUUUUGCCUUCAAAUGGUCAGCUUGAGAACUCAUAUCAUAAGGAUUCUAGGCCCAAGGAGCCGUUUCGCAAUGAGAACCGUUCUUCAUUUGAGGAAGACAAUACGUCUUUACGGGCAAAAAUUGCAGCAUUAGAGGAGGACUUGCGUAAAUCACGUCAAGAGGCUUCUGAAUAUCAGAACCUAUGCCGCCAGUUAGAGAAGGAAUUAAAGGAUCUGAAAGAUUAUGAACAGCAAAUGAAGCCCAAGAGAAUCAAAGUAAUAUCUGAUCUGCUGAUAUCAGUUUCUAAAGCUGAGAGACAGGAAGCAAGAAUGAAAGUACGACAAGACUCUUUGAGAUUCGGCAAUGUGGGUGUAAUCAGAGCUGGAACUGUUAUAUCAGAGACAUGGGAAGAUGGCCAAACCUUAAAGGAUAUCAAUGCUCAUCUUAAACAACUGCUAGAAACAAAGGAGGCUAUUGAGCGGCAGCGAAAGUCAUUAAAGAAAAGACAAUCUGAUAAGGGUGAUGGAGCUGAUGCAGAAUCAGGAAUACAGGAAGAAGAUUUUCUUAUCCAGGAUGAAAUCUAUAAAUCUCGUCUAGCGAGCAUCAAACGUGAGGAGGAAAUUAUUCUGCGUGAGAGGGAUCGCUAUGAACUGGAAAAGGGAAGGCUUAUACGUGAAAUGAAGCGUAUACGGGAUGAGGAUGGUUCUCGUUUUAACAAUUUUCAGAUUCUCAACCAUAGAUUUGCCCUCUUAAACCUUCUUGGGAAAGGGGGAUUCAGUGAGGUUUAUAAGCAGGCUUAUGAUUUGGUAGAGCAUAGAUACGUUGCAUGUAAGCUUCAUGGUUUGAAUGCUCAGUGGAGUGAAGAGAAGAAGCAAAGUUACGUAAGGCAUGCAAUUCGGGAGUAUAAUAUACACAAGACUUUGGUGCAUCAUCACAUUGUUCGGCUUUGGGACAUUUUUGAGAUUGAUCAGAAUACAUUCUGCACUGUCUUAGAGUAUUGUAGUGGGAAAGAUCUUGAUGCUGUCCUUAAAGCAACGCCUGUGUUGCCUGAAAGGGAAGCUAGAAUCAUUAUUGUUCAGAUAUUUCAGGGCCUAGUAUACUUGAACAAGAGAACGCAGAAGAUUAUCCACUAUGAUUUGAAGCCAGGGAAUGUGCUAUUUGAUGAGCUUGGCGUUGCCAAAGUGACUGAUUUUGGUCUUAGCAAGAUAGUUGAGGAUGAUGUAGGAUCCCAGGGUAUGGAGCUUACAUCCCAGGGAGCUGGAACAUAUUGGUAUUUACCACCGGAAUGCUUUGAGCUUAGCAAAACACCUCUCAUAUCAUCAAAGGUUGAUGUUUGGUCAGCUGGUAUUCUGUUUUAUCAAAUGCUCUUUGGCAGACGUCCUUUUGGGCAUGACCAGACUCAAGAACGCAUAUUACGCGAAGACACAAUUAUCAAAGCACGAAAAGUUGAAUUCCCUUCGAGACCUGCCGUUUCAAAUGAGGCAAAGGAUUUAAUUCGCCGUUGUCUAACAUAUAACCAAGCGGAUAGGCCGGAUGUUUUGACUAUUGCUCAAGAUCCAUAUCUUACAUACUCGAAGAAGUAAUGACCAUACAUACUACCAGUGAAAGAAGCACUUGAGCUUGAAGAAGAGAGAACUUCAUUUGUUGAACAGCAAACUAAAAGAAAUUUACUGCAAUCCCUCGAGGAAUUUUGUAUAGAUUGUAAAGGUUUUUGUACUUGCUGGCAUAGCAGCCGAGGUGGUGAAGGAAUGCAUGCCACCCCUAUCAUGAUCACAGGGGAGGGACUGGCCUGAUCUAACCUAUAAGUUGGGUAUCUAGGUCUGUCCAAAAAGGAUGUACAACAUAAAAAAAGGAAAGAAAAGUGAACAGUUUAUAUAAUAUCUUCUCUGCUUGACCCAAGUAAA